GGGUGGGAAAGCCGCGGUGUGGGCGGGCGGGGGACGGCCCGCCCGCUGCCGAGCGUGAGGAGCCGCCGCCGUCGCCUGUUCCUCACGGGCCGCGCGGACGGGACUGGUCGGGGAGCGCUGUGGGCGGAUGGAGGCACCUCCUGGCCCCGCCUGAGCUCAGCCGGGCCGGAGCGGAGCGGAGCGGAGUGCCCGCCUCCUGUCGCCGGAGCGGCCGCGCGAGCAGCCGGAGGAGCAGCGGGCGCCGGGCUGCUCCCCGCGGGAGCCCCCAGCAUGGUUGACUAUAUUGUGGAGUAUGACUAUGAUGCUGUACAUGAUGAUGAGUUAACUAUUCGAGUUGGGGAAAUCAUCAGGAACGUGAGAAAACUACAGGAGGAAGGAUGGCUAGAAGGAGAACUAAAUGGGAAAAGAGGAAUGUUUCCUGAUAAUUUUGUUAAGGAAAUUAAGAGAGAGGCAGAAUCCAAGGAUGACAAUUUGCCCAUCAAACGGGAAAGGCACGGGAAUGUAGCAAGUCUUGUACAACGAAUAAGCACGUAUGGACUUCCAGCUGGAGGAAUUCAGCCUCAUCCACAAACCAAAAACAUUAAGAAGAAGACCAAGAAGCGUCAGUGUAAAGUUCUCUUUGAAUACAUUCCACAAAAUGAGGAUGAACUGGAACUGAAAGUGGGAGAUAUUAUUGAUAUUAGUGAAGAGGUAGAAGAAGGCUGGUGGAGUGGAACCCUGAACAACAAGUUGGGACUGUUUCCCUCAAAUUUUGUGAAAGAAUUAGAUGUAACAGAUGAUGGUGAAACUUAUGAAGCCCAGGAGGAUUCAGAAACUGUUUUGACUGGGUCUACCUCACCUUUACCCUCUCUGGGGACUGGGAGUGAAGCUGCACCCGGACCAGUCACCCAGCCAAAGAAAAUCCGAGGAGUUGGAUUUGGAGAUAUUUUUAAAGAAGGCUCCGUGAAACUUAGGACAAGAACAUCCAGUAGUGAAACAGAAGAGAAAAAACCAGAGAAGCCCUUAAUCGCACAAUCACUAGGAUCCAAAACUCAGAGUAUGGAGGUAACAAAAACAGACGCUGAAGGUAAAGUUAAAGCUAAGGAAUAUUGUAGAACGUUAUUUGCCUAUGAAGGUACUAAUGAAGAUGAACUUACUUUUAAAGAGGGGGAGAUAAUACAGUUGAUAAGUAAGGAGACUGGAGAACCUGGCUGGUGGAAGGGUGAACUUAAUGGUAAAGAAGGAGUAUUUCCAGACAAUUUUGCUGUUCAGAUAAAUGAACUGGAUAAGGAUUUUCCUAAACCAAAGAAACCACCACCACCUGCAAAGGGUCUAGCUUCAAAGCCUGAGCUGAUAGGUGCAGAGAAGAAGUAUUUUUCUACAAAGCCUGAAGAAAAAGAUGAAAAAUCAAUGCUGGAACAGAAACCUUCUAAACCAGCCGCUCCACAAGUCCCACCCAAGAAACCUACUCCACCCACCAAAGCCAAUAAUUUAUUGAGAUCUCCUGGAACAGUGUACCCAAAACGACCUGAAAAACCAGUUCCUCCACCACCUCCUGCAGCCAAGAUUAAUGGAGACAUUUCUACCAUUUUAUUAAAAUUUGAAACUGAGCCAGUAUCAAAACCAAAGCUAGAUUCUGAACAGUUACCACUUCGACCAAAGUCAGUAGACCUAGAUUCAUUUACAGUUAGAAGCUCUAAAGAAACAGAUCUUGUAAAUUUUGAUGACAUAGCUUCCUCAGAAAACCUGCUACAUCUCACUGCAAAUAGACCGAAGAUGCCAGGAAGAAGAUUGCCUGGCCGCUUCAAUGGUGGACAUUCCCCUACACAAAGCCCAGAAAAAAUCUUGAAGUUACCAAAGGAAGAUGAUAGUGCCAACCUAAAGCCACCUGAAUUUAAGAAGGAUUCAUGCUACUCUCCAAAGCUGUCUGCUUACCUUUCAACACCUUCAACUGCUUCUAAACCAAAUACAGCUGCUUUUCUAACUCCUUUAGAAAUCAAAGCUAAGGUAGAAACAGAAAAUUCCUUGGAUGAACUUAAAGCUCAGAUUGUUGAAUUGCUGUGUAUUGUGGAAGCACUAAAAAAGGAUCAUGGGAAAGAACUGGAAAAACUACGAAAAGAUUUGGAAGAAGAGAAGGCAAUGAGAAGUAAUCUAGAGGUGGAAAUAGAGAAGCUAAAAAAAGCAGUCCUGUCUUCUUGAAGUGACGUGCACGCGGUGUUCUCAAUGUUCCAGGGAUUCAGAAGCGACACUAUGAACUUCAACUGACUUGUUACUUAAAAAUAACAAAUGCUGAUGUCGUGAUGAAGAAAUAUGAGUAUAUGAACUAUUAUAUCUAUAGAAAAAUGUAGGGGGAGGGCAAAUUUUUUUUAUAUAUUUUGUUUUGCCAAUAUGAAAAAAAAAGAGGCCUUAUUUCUUAUGUGCUGGGAUUGCAAACUCUUUUGUUUAGUUUGCUUGAAAAUACUACUGAAUCUGUAUAAAAAGAGAAAAUUCGCAAUAGUUUUUUUUUAUGGAAACGUAGUAUUAUUUUUAAAGAGAUCUAUACUAUAAAUAUGGUGAUAUCUUUACAAAUAAUCUGUAAAAUAUACCAUUUGAGAGGGACAGUUUAGCUUUAUAGUAACUAUAGUCACUACUUUUCCCAUACAACAUAAGGGAUAUAAACUUUGUACGUAUAUAUAUUUUUAUGUUUAGCUUCUUACCCAGGAUUACACUGUUGUGCCUGUUUGUUUGCAGUGCUGUUUAUACUCUGGUGAUGAAAUAGGAGAUUCCUAGCUACAAACCAGAUUACUCACCCGUGCACAUAGUAAUAACUAAUGAAAUAAUCAAAAUAAUUUCUUCAACUUUUGGAUACUUUUUAUUGCUUGCACUAUAGGAUUCAUAAAGGAAUUUAGUUAACAUGUAUUUGAUUGUUAAAUAUAUUGGGGAAAAUGUGAGCUAUAUUUUAAAUUCAUUAGGUCUAAGGAACUAAAAAUGUCAAUUUAACCCUUAACUUGUGCCUAGAAACUACAGCACAUAUAAUAUGCAAACACCAGCCUUAUUGCUGUACUUCUCUGCUUAUUUUACAGGCUCAAAUAUUACUCAUUUCAGGAUCUUGUGAUUUAAUUCUUCAUGCCCCUCCGUUGAUUUUUAAUAAUGGUAAUGUUAGAAAAAGAAAACUCGAGAACUUUCAGAACUUCAGUGUGCAGUUUCAUACUUUGACAAGUUAUCAUUAUGUAAAUACUCAGGUUUUGCAUUGUAUAAUUUACCUACUAGACUAAACUAACUGGUGGAGAUAUUUUGGGCUGUCAUUUAGGUAACCAACUUUAUAAAGAGUGUUCAGUAGAUCAUAAAAUAUAACAUCACAGCUUAUUUAAAACCAAAUUGUUGGCCAUAUUCAAAAUGCAUUUUCAUAAAACGGAUAAAUAGCAGUUCCUUCAGAGUCAUGAACACUUGAACGUUUUAGAAUAUUAUCUACAGAUAUGUCUCAAAGUAUGUGGAUUUAUUUUAAAAGUAGAAAAGUUGAUUUUUUUUGCAAAAAAUUUAGAUUUUAAGCUUUAUUAUAGCAAGUGACAUUCAGAUUUUGAGUACCAACUAUCAUGCUUCUGUUUUAUGUUGUUUAAACCCCCAAACCAAUAUUUUUUCUACUUUAAGUUUUAGUUUUAUAAUACUGAAAUCUUGUGUUAGUGAAAAUUUGUCAUACUGUUUCAAAUAAAAGUGAAAUGGAAAAUAAUAGAAAUUCCAAUACAUAAUUACAUUAUGUUAAAUUCACAAAUUAGUGCUUUUGGGGAAACCAGAUUGUGCAUUGAGUAUGAACAUUCUAACUUUUUAAAGUCCUCUUGCGAUGAGGUCACUGCUGAACAAAAUUGUUUAUUCGUAUUCUUAUGUUUUUAAAUGACUUGUCAAAUGAAUGGUAUCCUUCUUCUUAAAUUAGGUCUUAUUUUCUUUUAAUAUGAAAGUCUUUAGUUAGAAAUAAAAGCAAUGUAUCCUGGAAAUCAUCCUCCUGCUUUAGGACUGGAAAAUCUUAUGAAGUGACCGCUCCCUACCCUAAUAAUGGGGUGAGGGAAGUUUCCAGCAGAUUUCAGGCUGUUCUUAAAGUUUUUGUUGGUCAUUUUCUCACCAGUGCGUAAAAUCAAAAUGGUCAUGAGUACUGAAAGACAUUUAAAGUGUUUGCUUUUAUACUCCUCAGUCAGAAUUGAAAAGUAAUUCAAGCACUGUGUCUCUGAUUUUCCUGCCCUUUACCAAAUAGUAAUGAAAAGAAAACCAAACAAACUCAAAGGAAAAAAUGAUUACUUUAAUCUAGUAAUUUACCAGUAUUUGCUCUUGUUAUGUGAAUUUAUUAAUUCCUGUUUAUAAAGUUCAUAUCACAAAAUGCUAUGUAAUAAUACUAGCUUUUACUUGGGGGUAAAUCUUUUUUUUUUUUUAAAUGAGUGAGUAUAAAUGACAGAGUAGAGGUGAACAGCAUGGCAUCUCUCAUUGCCAAAUUGUUGGUGAAUAUAUUGUUCAGGUUUGCUAUUCUUUGAAACAUAAUAUUACUAACUUUCCUAAUUAUAUUUCAAUAUUAGGAGUAUUGUGUGUGUGUGUGCGACCACCAAGCUUUGGUGAUACUAUAAAGCUGUUACCUCUUUACAAAAUCUGAGUCUGAAGAUAGGAAGAGAGAAUGGGCCUGGUGUAACAGAGGAUUCUCUUUUUAUGCUUCUUACUGUGAUCACAGGAAAAAAAAAAGACAAAAACAAAACCCAAGUGCUCUCUAGCUGUGUUGGUAAAUAUUUUAUGCUUGGAUUUAAACUUGAAAUGUAUGAACAGAAUGAGACAAUCAGUUCAAAUCAGAAAUGAGAAGUGUUAAAAUUUAAUGGCCUUGUUUUGCUGUAGCAAUAAAAUGACCAAGUGCAAUGACUUGAUUUAAUAAAAUCAUCUUUUAAAAGUUGCUGCUAUGAAUAUUUUUAGCCAUAAAAUUUUACCCUUGUUGUAGCCUGACUUGCCUUCAGUAACUGUUAUGUAAUGCAGUCAGUGUUGUGGUAUUCUAACAUUCCAAAAAAUAAUAAUAUAUAUUUAUGGGGAAUCUCAAAAACAGUGACUUGUUUACAGGUGCUGUAAAAAAGCAUGCUUCUCCCUCAAAAAGAAAAACGAAUAAAGAAUAGUAUUGCCAGUUGUGUCAGUCUUUAUUGGUUAUUUUUCAUUAACUUCAGCAUAUGCUGAUUGCAGAGUAUGAAAAAUUAUUUCUUAUUACUUUGAGUUUUCCAAAUAAAAGAAACAAUGUAAAUAGUAAAAUAAAAGCAUUAAAAGUUCUAGACAUGUGUGACGUUUACGGAACCUUUUUGAGUCUUUUCUUUAUACCUGGAACUGUGAGAUGAUAAUUCCUACCUCACAGGAUUAUUGGGAGAAUUUGAUAUGAUUUAUAUAAAUUACCUUAUGGAGCACUUGCCAUAGAGUAGAUUUUAAAAAAUGGAAGCUGCUAAUUUACUCUUCUCAAAAGCAUCUUGCAGUGAUGGAUAUGAAGUAAAUUAGGCAGAUAAGAUUAAGAGAAAGGCACUGUAUGUCCUCUCCCCUUGUUUUUGAAUACAGCAUCCCUUUCUUUGAAGGAGAUACUCCUUUCGUUUGUAUUAUAUUGAAAGUGGAGCUGAGAGUGCUUUGUCCAAAUUGAAUUAUUGACCCAGAGACUGAGAUUUCAAACAUUUGAAACAAAGAGCUAGUCUCAGCUUGGGAGCUCUCCACAGAGCUCCAUUUUUCUAUCAUCUGGAAAAAACUGGUUCAAAAGAACAAAAUAGAGUACAGAGAUAUGGAAACAGAAUCCAGAAGGAUUUUAAAACUGAUGACAGUCAUUCCUGAACCCCAACUACCCGUCCAUUGCUUGGUUCCUUAAGCAUAAGCUUGCACAUAAACUUUCUGGUUUCUGAACUCGCGACUGGAUGUCCUGGUAAAUAUAAUACCAAAAAAACAGGAUACAAUUAUCCCCCCUUAUCCACGGCAGGUAUAGUCCAAGACCCCCAGAGGAUGCCCAGCACCGCAGACAGUACUGAACCUUACAUAUACUGUGUUUUCUCCUAUACAUACAUACCUGUGGUAAAGUUUAAUUUAUAAAUAAGGUACAGUAGGAGAUUAACAACUAAUAAAAUAGAACAAUUAUAACAAUAUAAUAAAAGUUAUGUGAGUGUGGUUCCUCUGAAAAUAUUUUACAAAUAUAAUACCUUUUCUGUCUUAACUAAGCACUUAAACACACCAUGGCUCUAACUUUUGCAGCUUGAGGUGUGACAGCAAAACCAGCAGGAAUUUCUUUUCUUCCCAAUUUCAUGGAUGGAAGAUUCUUGCCAUAGAUCUUAGCAACCUCAGCAUAUGACUUUUUUUUUUUCUUCGUGUCAGAGAGCUUUCACUUUUUCACUUAAAGGAAGCACUGUUUGUCAUAUCUCAAUCUCCAGCAUCACUGUUGCGCUCUGAGACCAUUAAGUGAAACAAAGGUUCUUAAACACUGCAAUUCCGUGAGUCUCCUAGGUGGCUAACGUGAGGGAUGUGCUGGACAAAGCAGUGGUUCACGUCCAGAGCCACGCCGUGUGGGAUUUCAUUGUGCUACGCCGAACGGCGUAUGAAUUGUUUAUUUCUGGAAAAUUUUAUUUAAUAUUUUUGGACUGCAAUUGACUGCUGGUAACUGAAACUGCAGAAAGCAAAACCACGGCUAAGGGGGCACUACUGUAGAGUCUGGAAGACAUCAAGGCCCAUGUACUCUUGCUGAGCACACACGUGACUCCAGGCUUUCUAGAAAUCGGGGAGAUUUGAAUCGUGAAAAGGAAUAAGACACCACUAUGAAGCAAUAUGGAAAAUAAGUGUGGCAAGUCUUUUAAGUUAAAAAAAAUUUAGUUUGAUUAUUGGAGACAGGUGUCCAUUUUUCCGUAAUAAAUCAAGGUUAAUUACUUAAAAACAUUUUUGUGUUUGAAAAUAUCUACUUGCUUUUUAUUGACUCUUAUAAACACUGGGCAUAAAUUAAGCCUUGCAGGCAAAUAAUGAUAAAGUUUUGAAUUACAGAGUUUUAGUGUUUGCAGAGACGUUAGAGAUUAUCUGAUCUGUUGGCUGUGCAGAUGGUUUCGUCUGAAGGAACAAUUUAUGGAUUUAGCCCCAUUCUAGGAAGUAAAAGCUGAUAGCUUAACUCAGAUGGGUCUAUUCGACUUUAUUAAAGUUCAAGAGACUAGACUGUUGGGGUGUGAUUUUUUUUUUUUCUGAAUCCUAACAAUUAUUGCUUUUAUUUUUAUCACUAACACUUUUAUUAUGAAUAUGCUUGUAUAAAAGGAAAGUAAAUUUAGAAAUAGGUAUCAAUAUUUUUUGUAUAGAGCCGUUAAUAUAUAUAUUUUUU